GGGCGCACGCUGAGCGUUCACUGUGGCGGAAGCGCCACAAGCGCCCCGUUGCUAGGCUCUUAGAAAGCUGCAGGGGCUGCCGAGGACCGAGCGGCCAGAGCGAUCCAGGGCGCCUUCCGGCAGCUCCAGGCCAGGAGGGAGCUCGCCCGCCGGCGGGAGGAGCGCCGGGAGCACCUGGAGCAGAUGGAGAAGCUGCAGAGGGAGGUGGCCUCGCUGGACACAGUGGCGAGCGUGCUGCGCUCGUGGGACCUGAGCCUCACGGAAGCCAUGCUCCAGAACAUGGAGGCAGAGCAGCAGCGCCGGGCCCAGGAGGCCCAGAGGCACGAGGAGGCCGAGGCCACGCGGUGUGGCAGGCAGGAGGGGUGUGGGAGGUGCUGGCGAGGGGUGCUGGCGAGGGGUGCUGGCGGGGGUGCUGGCAGGGAGCGUGGGCAGGGGGUGCUGGUGGGGGUGCUGGCGGGAGCCUCUGCCCCAGCUCAUUCCCGCUCCCUAGCACGACCCUCAAGGUCCAACAGCUGGCCAGGGAGCAGCAGCGGUGUCACAAGGAGUUGCAACAGGCGUACUGUGAGCUGAGCCGGAGGAUCGCAGAGCACGACCAGUGUGAGUGGAGGUGCAUGGACAAGACCAAGCUCACGCUGCAGGCCAUCAAGGAUGCAGAGGCCCAGGUGGACAGGCUGCGGCAGGAGGCCCAGAAGGCCGAGGAGGCGCUGGCUAUGGCCAGGCUGGAGCUGCGGGAGCAGACGCAGGAGGGGGAGGAAGAGGCGCCCGGGCUGAAGUGCCAGGUCACCGAGCUGCAUGACGUGCUGAUGAAAGAUGUGGGCGGCCGCAUCCGCGCCGACGGCCGGUGGCCUCUUGUCAUUGACCCUUCGGGCCAGGCGGCCACCUUCCUGCGCUACCAGGACACCAACUACGUGGACACAGUGAACCCGGAGCACCUGAAGCCGGAGAGGCUGCGGCUGGCUCUGCUGGGGGCUCUGCGGUAUGGGAAGCCGCUGGUGUUCGACCUGCGUGAGGUAGACCUGUUCCCGGCCGUGCAGCGGCAGCUGGAGGCGGUGCAGCCCGGCCUGGCACAGGCACUGCUGAGCCGCGGCCUGCUGGAGGAGGAGAGGUACCUGUCGCUGCUGCGGCCCACGGAUGGGCCAGAGUACAGCCCCACACAGUUCCAGGAGCAGCGCCUGGAGCGCUUCCGCCUCUUUUUCGUCACCAAGGUCCAGUGGCCGCCAGCCGAGCAGCAGCAGGUGCUGCUCCCGGUGCGUGUGCAGCUGCCGGGCACAGGCCUCUAGUGCUAGCCCCAAUAAAGCGUGUGCCCCGGGG